ACUUUCUCAUUUCUUUUGAUUGGUAGGCGUUACUAUACCGCCAAGAAGUUGUUUUAUUUAACUAAAGGCUUGUUGCCAUGGCAGAUAUGCACAGUAAACGGGUUUAUUGACAAGUUAAACAUCUUAAAACAAUGGAACCUGCUAAAGUAAUUGGAAAGCUAAAGGAGCAGGUGCGCAUGGAGCAUAAUUCGCGUCGAAGUUUUCCAAAAGCUUGGAGCGAAAUUUCGGGCAAGCAAAAUAACAAGUUUUACCACCAAUCUGAGAUCAAUUCUCAACUUAGUAACCAGCUUAAAUUAAAAGACCUGUGCCCUUUUCUCCACAACAACCAAGGCGAAUCGCGAUUCGUAUCUCCGGAGAUGUACAAACCUUUACUGGCUGUCUGUCGUUGUGGUCGCCCUAGGGAAAACCAUCAUAUGGGGAAAUGCUUACAAAGAGCGUUGAGUCCAGAUUACAAACAAGCCAUGAUACAAAAGGGCACUCAGGAAGGGAAAACCGAGCCAUUGUGUGUGCCUUCCACUUCAAGCUCUACCAUUGGCUUCGUAGGUAUUUCAAAAAACUACCAUAAGCUGGAACGUUCUAUGCAAUACGUUUCGCCUGCGUAUUCAAUGCCUGGGCCUCGAAUUACCGCAGUGCCCUAUAAUAAUAUUAUUAUUGGAUAAACCAUCACUUAUUAUAAAGUUUCUUGUUCAAAAUUUCCAAACCAGGUUUUUGAUGAAUCAAACCUGGGAUUUCCCUAGCUAAUCGCAGAUUUAAGCACACAAUAAUAAAAUACAAAAUUGACAGCGGUCAUCGUACAGAACUCGAUUUUCCAGACUAUUGCCUACUUUAGAAACCUGAAUUCAGUGGCGUUCCCAUUGUAUUUACUACUAUGUAUCUUGAUUCACUAAAAUAAAACUUUUCAGUAUGAGAAGAUACAAUUUUACCCCCACGACUGAAUUC